AUGCAAGCGCUCAGAAAAACGUCGUCGUUGCCUAAGACUUUAAAAACAUUGUUACUAAGCCUGGCUGUGUCUGAUCUGGGUGUAGGCUUACUUGUCGAACCACUAUUUGUUGCAUUUCUUGUGAUGGAAAAAAACAGUACUGCUUAUUCUACAGUAAAGUUAGCGCGUUCAAUCCCGGCAAAAAUAUUGGUCUUUGCUUCGCAUUUUGGUGUUUUUGCAUUAGUUGUGGACAGAUUCUUGGCCAUUCAGCUUCAUCUCAGAUAUCAAGAGCUUGUGACCCACAAACGUGUUGUUGCUGUUGUGAUCUCACUCUGGGUGUUUAGUGCAUCAAUUUCCUUCCGAAGUCCUCGUAUUAUGCGAGCGGUCAUUGCACUUGUUUGUGUCAUAACUACAGGAUUGCUUUAUUGCAAGAUAUACGCUUCCGUGAGACACCACACAAAUCAGAUUCACCGUGACGCUCUGCAAGUACAACAGGCGACACAGAAUGAAGAUAUGGCAAAUGCCGCAAGGCUGAAAAAAUCUUCACUGGCUACAUUCUACGUUUAUUUCGUGUAUUUAGUUUGCUAUUUGCCAUUGUAUUGUGUUGUUUUUGCCCAGACCAAUGGUGAAACUCCUUGUUAUCUCAUUUAUCUUAUUUCACAAGGACUCUUGUGUAUCUCAAUUCAUCCCUCAAUCCCUUGAUCUACUGCUGGAAGAUGAGACACAUUCGACAAACUGUUAUGGAUAUACUUAGAAAUAUUUUCGCGAUUUGUCCCCACUAAAGAAAGGAUCUAACUGAGAAUAACUUAAUCGGCCUUUUCUCUCUGAGUGGUGAAAAUAUUAGCUUUCCAGCAAUACAAUUGGAAAAAUGACACUAAAUAUAAACGGGAACUGAAACCUUCUUGUACUCUCUGUUUGAAGGCCAAGGGAUAAAUAUAUGAUCGAGUGAGUAUAAGUUCAUGAGAUUUCAGUUUGCUUUUAAAUAAUUAACAAAUAACGGGAAACUUUGAAAGUAUUAUUUAUCAAAGUCAGAAAGAGGGCAAAAAGAAAAAGCUGGGUGGUUUAGGACGAAUGACGAGUGACGUGAUAAAUAGAGGACCGGGUUUCCAAAUUUUCAUGGGCAAAAAGUUCUGUGUACAGUAAAGUGUCUUAGAAAGUUUACUAGAUUUUGUUAACCAUAGUGCAUCCAAUAAAGAAGACUAACUAAAGAGGAGAGAGAUCAAAACUAUGUCAAUAAAUCUUCCAUACUGAAUGUACCAAGAGUGGCGAAAAGAUUGACCGAUAUAACAACAACAACAACAACAACAACACAUAAUAAUAAUUAUUAUUAUAAUAAAAAUAAUAAGAAUAAUACUAAUAAGAAUAAUAAUGAUAAGAAGAACAAGACAGCCUAUUUGUUGAGAGAGAAGAAAACUAGUAGUUUAUACUGUUGUGAAUAUAUAUUGCAAUACUUGUAAUUGAUUCAUAUCAAUAAAGUUCACGUGAAAAAGCUAAAAUGUUUUGAAGAAUGGUAAAAAUAUAUCAUUUAAUCAGGGUUUUUUUUAAUUUGUUGAGUCCAGAAAUUACUGAAUAAGAUCACUACAUUUGAAAGUUUCAGACUGGGAAAGAAAGAGCUUCCCUGACAGCGCAACCGAUCAGAACAAAUGAUAUAGCUUAUGACAUCAUAAUACUUUAAAAUACCAUAAUACGGAACCUGAGAGCAGACAUAAUAUUUUAUGGCUCCAAUAUCAAUCAAAGUGCUUCUUGCUCUGAGAUUAAAAACUUAGAACCAUAUAAUGUUUGACGAAACAAUUAAGUACAAUGCCCAGGGUUGAACCUAAGUAAACAGUUUCCUCAUGUCCCAGUUCAACGACUUGCAAGCAACUCUCGGUACGUGCGUUUACAAUAACGUUAAAACUUUGUACGAGACCGUACUUAAUGUUUCCGUAGUCAUUUAGAACGAGCGAGUCCAAAAAAAGUAAUUAUUGUAACCAAUGAUGUAGAACAGAACAACAGCGAUAACAACAUGGAAAUGAAAAAAAGAAAGAUUAAUGAAUUCAUAUUUCAAAUCUUUUUAAAACAGUAUUCUUAUCUCAAUAUAGAUUCGUUAAUAAAUGAAAUGAAAAGAACUUAAACUUUUCUUUUGUUAAUAAAUGAAAAAUAAAGAAUUGAAAGUUUCAGUCUUGUUUCUAUUUAUGUGCUUGUGGCUUCACUGGCCUCUACAUCUACAUCUACAUCUACAUCUACAUCUACAAGGGUCCGUGCACACUUCGGCCAAUCUAAUUUUCUAUUUUUCCAACAAAAACGGAAAAAGGAAAUAUUACUUAUCGUUAUCAUAGUUACAUAUUUAAAAGUACAGAAAAAAAUAGAAAAAAAAAAUGGUCAGGAAAACUGAUCAUUUUUUCAUUUUCCUAAUUCUGAAGUCCGCUUCAAAAAUUCAAAAAAUACUGUAAACGGCUAAAAGCGAUAUUUUGCUAUUUCUUAUUUUCUUGAUAUUGUUAGAGCAAUUUUCCAUUUUUUUUUAUUUUGGAUGAAUAGAACAACUUUAACGAUACACCCUUUCAGACAGUUUCAUUUUUCAUUUUAUUGAAAAAUGGCGCAGAAAAGUGAGAAGUUAUGAAUAUUUAACGGUGAAGAAAGGAAAAACCUAAUUCGUAUCCACUAUCGACUCACUAAUUUGGUUAGAAGAUUUACACAGGGUCGGCGGAGAUGUGGGUGAAUUUUUUUUUUUUGGGGGGGGGGGGGCGCCUUAGUUUUCGAGAUGCGGACGUAGUUCCAUUCUCUUUUGAUCUCGAUUUCCCCUGAAGGUUUGAGUUGUCGGGAGUCGACUGUGGUCGUGGAAAUGAAGAAUAUGAGAAAGGGUACGAGGGAGGAGGAGAAGGCGUGAAAAUUGGUACGGGAAAGGGGGGGGUUAACUCGACGGUUUUCAUGCCAGCAACACUAUGGUCCCAGCACAAAAAAAGCGGUUCGUGAGAGAUAUUAAGAGGAAAACAAGAAGGUCGUUGAACAGUCACAAGCACAAAAUAAAUAAAGAGCGCCCCAGUGAAGAGGUCAGACGUUUUUAAAUUAAACAGUUGUUCAAAAGUAGACUGCUUAGCCUGCCGAAAUAACGGAUCUUGCCGCAGAACGGGUGUUUUAGGAUUGCAAGAGUAAAGUAUAUUGAACUAUUAUUAUGGAGGAGAAAAAUAAAGAGGCGCCUAGUAUACACUCGCUGGAAAGAACAUCUUAAUGCUCUGGCCCAUACAUUUGCUCAUACAUGUGUUUAAACAUUGGAUAGCGACGAUCCACCGGAUAAAUCACUAUCCAGCGGCCUGAUCAUUUUUCAUGUAUUUUAGGGAAACCAAUUGCGUUAUCCACUGGAUAGUUAUCCACCUUUUAAGCAACUCAGCCCUGGAAAGAGGAGAGCAAAGAGCAAGUAUGGGGAAACGUCCCACAGUUUAAAUGCAACAGGAACACUUUAUGGUUACGAGAUGUUAGAUCAGGUCACAGAGUAAGUCCUAAGUAAUGAGGUAAAGGAAUCAGCUAAUCAAAUCCAAAACUGAAUGAAACUACGUUCACAUUCCGAGAACUAAAGGACCCAAACCCACCCUCCCCAUCCCACGCCUCCGCCGACCCUGUGUAAAUCGUCUAACACUAAAACUAGUGAGUCUAAAGUGGAUUAGGUUUUUCUUUUCUUUAUUGGCAAAUGCUCAUGAUUUGUCAUUUUCAUUUGCUCUUUUUCAUUAAAACAAAAGAUGAAAAAUUGUCCGUUUUUGUUUGUUUGUUUGUUUUCUAUUUAUUGAAAAAAUGAAAAAAUUGUUCGCAACACUUUUCAUUUUUUUCAUUUUUCUUGUUAAAAUGGAAUUAUGGAAAAUUAGGCGACAGGUACGCUAUUUUUCUAUUUUUUCACUUUUUGAACAAAAUGGAAAAAAUGAAAAAAAUGGUGGGAAUAAAUAUUAUUUUUUCAUUUUUCCGUUUUUCUAUUUUUUGCGAAAAACGGAAAAAUAGAAAAAUGAGUUAAGAAUCGGAGAUUAUUUCAUUUUUCUCAUUUUCUAACAAUAUCAAGAAAAUAAAAAAUAGCAAAAUAUCGCUUUUCGUCGUUUACAGUAUUUUUUGAAUUUUUCAAGAAGCGGACUUCAAAAUUAGGAAAAUGAAAAAAUGAUCAAUUUUCCUGACCAUUUUCUUUUUUUCUAUUUUUUUCUGUACUUUUAAAUAUGUAAAUAUGAUAACGAUAAGUAAUAUUUCCUUUUUCCGUUUUUGUUGGAAAAAUAGAAAAUUAGAUUGGCCGAAGUGUGCACGGACCCAUAAUCUCUUCUGUAAUUUCGUAAUUAUUGUAUGUCUUGUAUCUUUAUAUCAUUAGAAUAAUAUAUUUUGAAUUCAUUAUUGUAAUUAAUCUCUGUAAUUUCGUAAUUAUAUUGUACAUCCUUAUGUCAUUAGAAAAAUAUUGUAUAUUGGGUAAUAGACACGUCUCCAUACUACCUGCCUCGAUUAGCUCUGCUAUUUUGCAGGUAGUCUGUAUUUGUAAUUUAUUUAUUGUGAAUGUAUACAAAUAAAGUUUGUUGUAUGACAACAUCGUAUAUUUUCCACUAUUCUUAAACUAAAAUGUGUUUUCUCCUACACAUUGUUUUUCCUGUUCUUUGGUUACGAGCGCUCUUUCAUAAUCAUGGAAGUUCCCCCACAAUUUCUAUUUCAAGGGAGGGGGGAAGACACGUAUCCUCUGGUCAUUUAGCAACUUUUAACCGCAAAGAAAAACACAAGACAUACACACUUCAUACACACUGAAGUUUUUUUUUGGCCCACAAUGUAACUUCUGGGUCAACUAGCUAAAUGUGCCAGCCAAUAAAGACAAUAAUUAAAGUCUAAUGUUUUUACUACCUUCAUUUAGAAAAGGCUAUUCGAGUCAGGGAGGGGGCUGAGGCUAAUUAUUGUUACAUCAGUUUUAUCCAAAAAAACCAUUUUACCACUUCCUUACGUGUAUUUGUAUAAGAAGACAUUUUACAAGGAAAUAAGCGAGUUUUUUUGUUUAUUUGGUACGCAUUAAACUGCUCGCAAUGAUAUUGUUUUCGAUACAUUUUCAAUAAAAUGAAAUUGAGAAAUAGUUGAUUGUCGUUUAAGGCAUACAUUGCGUUUUUGCAACAUGAUUACUCAUCGAAUUGCCACGUCGUGUUGGCUGGUGGCUACAAUGGAUAAUUUAAACACUCUGAUCAUUUGCUACUGAUUAAACUUUGACACACAAGACAGCAUGAUUUGUUUAAGUAACUACCUACUGUGUCUUUGUUUAACACCCAAGCUAGCAAGUUUUUUUUUCAUGGAUAAUAAUUUUCUUAUCUAAACUCCUCCCUGUAACUAGUCGUAGAUCGUUUUUAUCAAAAGGUCUGCCUCAUAUUUUUUGCUUGGAUCCAGUAAAUACAUCGGAUUGGUCUCCGAUUUCUUUUUGUAUGAUUUUCUAUUAGCGAUUCAUUGCGACCAGCUGUUGUUAAUACAUUAAUAUUGCUUUAGUAGUUUCAAUCUCUUCGUUUUUGAUCAUGACCGACGAAAUUCAUCACUUAGUACAAAGUUCGACCUAUUCUCAUUCGUAUAAAAGCCGCCGCGUGACGAUUUUUAAUCAACUAGAUUAGUGUGUGCUCCCCCGCGAAGCAGUCUAUUGGUCCUUUACGGUCCCCAGGGAAAUUCCCUAGGCCUUUUAUACGCCCUAGCAAACAAAUUGACCGUCUUCUCACAAGUCUACUCUACAACGGGCAAGCAAGUUUCAUUCUUCCGCAACGCGAACAGCGCCGCUGAAGCUCUUUCAUGGCUCUCGUCCCUGUUUAACCAGACCCAGCUGAUGCGGUAAAUAUUGCUUGGACAGAGCCUCAACCAGCACCAACACCAUCCUCCUAAGUAUCAUGUUUUAAUUUCUCGCUUCCCCCUUUUCUUGUCAAUUUGUCACAUACGUGGCGUUUAUCUUUUUCACCAUUCUGUUCUGGAGUUUGUUUACGUUAGCGCUUUUAGGCGUCUGUGCAACGUACCAGAGGUAAGGCGACCCUUAUUUGAUUAUUGUCGCGCCUUUUGCGUCUGUUACAGUAGAACGAAAACGAGCUGGAACAUAUUUACGUUGGCGCUUCAUGGCGUCUGUGAAACGUAAAGGAGAAUCUCAACAGUGCAGUUCAGUGGAAUGUAUUUAAUUACGUUGGCGCCCUUCGGCGUCUGUGAAACGUAUAAUGAAGAGCAAGACAUUAUACGUUGACGCUUGUUAGCGUUUGUGAAACGUAAAGGAGGAUCCCAGCAGCUCUACUCAGUGGCAUGUUUUUAAUCAGUUACGUUGGCGCCUUUUGGCUUCUGUGAAACGUACAAUCAAGGGAUAGACAUUACGUUGACGCUUCUUAGCGUUUGUGAAACGUAAACGAAGAUCUCACCAAUGCAGUUCGGUGGCAUGUUUUUAAUUUCGUUGGUGCCCUUUAACGUCUGUGAAACGUACAAUGACGAACAGACAUCUUUGGCUUUACUUCGCGACCGUCCAUCGUACAUUUGGUCUACAGUCUUUGAUGCUUUAUGGCAUUUUACGUGUAUGUAUUGAAAGAUUUUAGAAUAAGGUGGCCAGUUGUUUAUUUUUCCCGUUCGUUUCCUACUCAUUGUAUUGUCAACAUUUUGUAUAAUUUCUGCACAUUGCAUUGUCAGCAUACUCCGUGCCCCCUCGCAGUUAAGGUGACGUAACUCCUAGAUAUCAGUAACCACAUUCUCUUUACUCUAGUGUACAGCCUUAAUAAAUUUGCACCAGUUUCCUUGUAUAUUAUAUUUUUCUUUGGCUUUUGCUUCCUAUAUUUCCUUACCCCACACUUGAGUCGUGCUCAGUAGGGGUUCCUAAACACACCCCUCAUCCAGUCUUCGGACGGUGUCCUGACUCGACUCAACUGUGGGGUUCCCUCCCAACCUCCCUCUAUCGCAGGGUCUUUCCUUCUUUUUAUCUCCUCCCAUUCGGAUUUCCCUAACCGGGUUACACAUGCUGCAAGUCACUCUUCAGCUUUCCUUUAGCGUAUCCGGGAGGGACAGCCCCACAGUUGGGCCGGGCCACUCCCCUCAAUUGAAUCCGUCACAUCUGGGAGGCAUUACGCCAACACUGCCCAUCUCUCUAAGGGAGUUUUUCUGGGUUUUUCUGAGUUUCGGGAAGAUUUGGCUGUACUGCAAGUUAAUGAGGUAUUCUGCAAUAAUUUACCGUCUUUUGGAUGAGUCUAUAGCACCCCUGGUGUCGGGCAAAAUUUUUCACCCAUAACUUAUACAUCAAAAGGCAUAAGGUGGCUUUUAUGCGAAUGUGAAUUAGUUACUAUUCUCAUUCGUAUAAAAGCCGCCGCGUGACGAUUUAAUCAACUAGAUUAGUGUGUGCCCCCCCGCGAAGCAGUCUAUUGGUCCUUUACGGUCCCCAGGGAAAUUCCCUAGGCCUUUUAUACGCCCUAGCAAACAAAUUGACCGUCUUCUCGCAAGUCUACUCUACAACGGGCAAGCAAGUUUCAUUCUUCCGCAACGCGAACAGCGCCGCUGAAGCUCUUUCAUGGCUCUCGUCCCUGUUUAACCAGACCCAGCUGAUGCGGUAAAUAUUGCUUGGACAGAGCCUCAACCAGCACCAACACCAUCCUCCUAAGUAUCAUGUUUUAAUUUCUCGCUUCCCCCUUUUCUUGUCAAUUUGUCACAUACGUGGCGUUUAUCUUUUUCACCAUUCUGUUCAGGAGUUUGUUUACGUUAGCGCUUUUAGGCGUCUGUGCAACGUACCAGAGGUAAGGCGACCCUUAUUUGAUUAUUGUCGCGCCUUUUGCGUCUGUUACAGUAGAACGAAAACGAGCUGGAACAUAUUUACGUUGGCGCUUCAUGGCGUCUGUGAAACGUAAAGGAGAAUCUCAACAGUGCAGUUCAGUGGAAUGUAUUUAAUUACGUUGGCGCCCUUCGGCGUCUGUGAAACGUAUAAUGAAGAGCAAGACAUUAUACGUUGACGCUUGUUAGCGUUUGUGAAACGUAAAGGAGGAUCCCAGCAGCUCUACUCAGUGGCAUGUUUUUAAUCAGUUACGUUGGCGCCUUUUGGCUUCUGUGAAACGUACAAUCAAGGGAUAGACAUUACGUUGACGCUUCUUAGCGUUUGUGAAACGUAAACGAAGAUCUCACCAAUGCAGUUCGGUGGCAUGUUUUUAAUUUCGUUGGUGCCCUUUAACGUCUGUGAAACGUACAAUGACGAACAGACAUCUUUGGCUUUUUACUUCGCGACCGUCCAUCGUACAUUUGGUCUACAGUCUUUGAUGCUUUAUGGCAUUUUACGUGUAUGUAUUGAAAGAUUUUAGAAUAAGGUGGCCAGUUGUUUAUUUUUCCCGUUCGUUUCCUACUCAUUGUAUUGUCAACAUUUUGUAUAAUUUCUGCACAUUGCAUUGUCAGCAUACUCCGUGCCCCUCGCAGUUAAGGUGACGUAACUCCUAGAUAUCAGUAACCACAUUCUCUUUACUCUAGUGUACAGCCUUAAUAAAUUUGCACCAGUUUCCUUGUAUAUUAUAUUUUUCUUUGGCUUUUGCUUCCUAUAUUUCCUUACCCCACACUUGAGUCGUGCUCAGUAGGGGUUCCUAAACACACCCCUCAUCCAGUCUUCGGACGGUGUCCUGACUCGACUCAACUGUGGGGUUCCCUCCCAACCUCCCUCUAUCGCAGGGUCUUUCCUUCUUUUUAUCUCCUCCCAUUCGGAUUUCCCUAACCGGGUUACACAUGCUGCAAGUCACUCUUCAGCUUUCCUUUAGCGUAUCCGGGAGGGACAGCCCCACAGUUGGGCCGGGCCACUCCCCUCAAUUGAAUCCGUCACAUCUGGGAGGCAUUACGCCAACACUGCCCAUCUCUCUAAGGGAGUUUUUCUGGGUUUUUCUGAGUUUCGGGGAGAUUUGGCUGUACUGCAAGUUAAUGAGGUAUUCUGCAAUAAUUUACCGUCUUUUGGAUGAGUCUAUAGCACCCCUGGUGUCGGGCAAAAUUUUUCACCCAUAACUUAUCCAUCAAAAGGCAUAAGGUGGCUUUUAUGCGAAUGUGAAUUAGUUACUAUUCUCAUUCGUAUAAAAGCCGCCGCGUGACGAUUUAAUCAACUAGAUUAGUGUGUGCCCCCCCGCGAAGCAGUCUAUUGGUCCUUUACGGUCCCCAGGGAAAUUCCCUAGGCCUUUUAUACGCCCUAGCAAACAAAUUGACCGUCUUCUCGCAAGUCUACUCUACAACGGGCAAGCAAGUUUCCCCACCCUCCUCCCCUUCAGCGGCGCUGGCAAAUUUUCUCUAUCAGCCCACAUUAUGCCUUAUGCAAAAUUUUUCACCCAUAACUUAUCCAUCAAAAGGCAUAAGGUGGCUUUUAUGCGAAUGUGAAUUAGUUACUAUCGCGUUUCGGUUUAAAUGAAAAUAUAUUCAAAUUACUGUGUGAUGAGGACUUUAUAAAUUAUGAAUUACGGGCUCUGUUUUAAUGCUCUGCUCUUGUUUUAAUUCCAAACAAGGGAAUAUUUCGGAUGCUACGAGUACAACUUUAUGUGUCAAUGAAGGGAGAAAGUAUCGUCUUGUUUAUUAAAUGCGCAUUAAAUUGCAAGCAAUGAUGAACUUUCUUUAUAUUAACCUAAAAAGCUGGAGAUAAAUAAAUAUGAUUCACGUUUUGAUAGCUGCCUCGGAUGAAUUUAAUACCACUAUCCAUUAAGUAAGUUAAUAAAGCAUAGUAUAUGGUCCUUGAUUACUUUCUUAAUAAAAUGAAAUUGAAACACACUUCUCGAGUUGAUUGUAGUUUAAGGCAUAUAUUACUUUUUUGGAAUAUGAUUACUCAUUGAAUUGCCUCCUGGUGUUGGCUGGUUUCAUUAAGCUGAGACUCAGACAAUGGGCCGGUGUUUUAGACGUUCUGAUCGUUUGCAGCUGAUCAAGUCUGACACAUAUAUGACCGAAUGACUUUUUAAGUAACUACCCACUGCAUCUUUGUUUUAAAACUCCAGCUAGUAAGUUUUUUUAUAGGAAAUGUCUUUUUUUUCUGAACCCCCAGUCCUAAGACUCGUCGUAAGUCGUAUUUCAUUAAAACUUGGGCGUUUUUUAUAGUUUUUACUUGAGUUCAGCAAACACGUUGGAUUGGUGUCCGACCUAAUAGUCAGCUUUUAACGCCUUCCAAACUAAAAUGUGGAUUUCCAAUUUGGAAAAAUCCAGAAGAGUAUUGGCAUUUGAUACUGAAAAACUUUGUGUUUCUGAAAGGCUUUCGCUAAUUAGAAGGAGAAAAAAUAGUGUUCAGUUGUGUCCACAACUGGCGCGCACAUAAGCGAGACUAACUACCUACUGUGCUGGUCUAUGUUUUAAAAGCUUAGCUAGUAAUUUUUUUUACGGGGAACAAGUUUCUUCUCUCAUGUCAAGAGACUCGUCGUUUGUCAUAGUUACUAAAAAAACGUGCGUUUGUUUCGCUUUAGUCCAGCAAACAUGUAGGAUUGGUCUCAUACUUAAUAGUCUGCAUUUCCUCUAACCAAUUGCUUAACUCUUUUCUGUUUGACUUUGUGUUUACGAUUCACCACAAACCAGCUGCCAUUUCUACUUUGAUAUCGCGCCAAUAGUUUCGAAUAACUCACUUCCAUUUGACUGACGAACUUUAUCCUGAUACAAUUAAAGAAUUAUAAUACAAAAAUAUUUUCAGCCUAAAAUCGGUAGAAAAAACAUAAUAUUCAGCCUGUGUGUUUUAAACUGAAGAAACUGAAGCUAUAUAAUACGACUUGCAUCUUAUUAGUUGCUUUAAUUAUUAAGGAACAGAUGAUUUAUUAAGUGACUAGGGUGCUGUAUCUUUAGGCUGCCUCACACUCUUUAAGUCACCCGUGAGCAUGCAAUUUAUCAGAAAAUGCGUUCAUGGGUCCAGCAAAUACUGUUGGAUUGGUUUUCGACGUAAAAAUUCCGUUUUCCUCUCAAGUCGCCUCUCAGCUCGUUCUGUCUGACUGUAUGUUUGCGAUUCAUGAUUGAAAACCAACUGCCUUUUGCUUAUUUAAUAUUGCAUCAUUAGUUUCAUAUAACUUCCUUUCUUUUUAACUGACGAACUUCAACAUUUAUCCGACCUAUUGCGUUUCGCUUGAAAGAAAAUUAAUACUAAUUACUGUGUGAUGAUAACGUUACAUUUAAAGUUUCAACUCCGGGUUCAGACAUGCAAAGUUUCAAUUUCAAGCAAGGUGAGAGUUUGGAUAUUGUGAGCACGACUUAGGGACUUUUUUUACUAACUCCACAGUUCUCAGUUAAAAACCAAUUGCCAUCGGAGGAGGAAGUCUGGAGAAUAUUCAGUAAGUCUCGCAAAGAGUAAUUUCCAGCGUCAGUCUCAUGCAAAAAAGAAAAAAAUUGCAGAGUUCCUCAAAAGUACAGCUGCUGAAACUUAAGACUGUAUAUAACGCUCCAUUCAAUGGUGGAAGCUGAAGAUCAGUCUCAUUCAAAAACGGAUGAAACCUAGAAAGCAAUGAAAUUCAGAUCUUUACGUAUUAUAGAAACUGAACGCUGAUUAGGGCUAUGUAAAAAAAAAAGAUGGCGAGUGCGGAAGGCUUGAAUUUGACAUUUGUUUUCUUCAACGCUUUCUUGUCUUUCACCGCCAUCGUAUUAAACAUCAUAACCAUGCAAGCGCUCAGAAAAACGUCGUCGUUGCCUAAGACUUUAAAAACAUUGCUACUAAGCUUGGCUGUGUCUGAUCUGGGUGUAGGCUUACUUGUCCAUCCACUGUAUGUUGCAACUCUUGUGAUAGAAAAAAACAGUACCGCUUAUUCUACAGUAGAGUUAGCGCGUUCAAUCCAGGCAAAAAUAUUGGUCUUUGCUUCGAAUUUUGGUGUUUUUGCAUUAGCUGUGGACAGAUUCUUGGCCAUUCAUCUUCAUCUCAGAUAUCAGGAGCUUGUGACUCACAAACGAGUUGUUGCUGUUGUGAUCUCAGUCUGGGUGUUUAGUGCAUCAAUUUCCUAUCCAAGUCAUCGUAUUAUGCGAGCGGUCAUUGUAGUUGUUUGUGUCACAACUACAGGAUUGCUUUAUUGCAAAAUAUACGCUUCCGUCAGACACCACACAAAUCAGAUUCACGCUCUGCAAGUGCGAAUGAAGAUAUGA